CUUCUUCAAGCGCGUCCUCUCUCUCCAUGAAUCUCUGCCUGGAGCCUCGCCAUCGCGAACUGAUCCUCUUCCGAGCUCACUCUCUGUCCAAGCUCACUCUGUCACAGCCGUUCCUCCCUGGCCGUGUCUCCGUGUACUAGGGAACUAGUAGCUAAACCAGUUCGGUUUUCAGAACCUUGUCGUAACUCAUAACACGUCAAGCUACAACCAUUAACACUCAAAACCCCUCCAUUUCAAAAACCAUCGAUACCCAUUAUGUCCCAUUUCCGGAAAUUCCAAUUAACACACUUCAUCUCCAAAAUUUCCCAUACUUGCCUUAAACCUUCACAAAACCCUAGAUUCCACAGCGCCAAAUCUGCACCCCAAUCCGCACAAAAAAACUGUGAUUUCAAGUUCCCCUCGAAGGUCAGAAGGGAAGCACAAGCCGCAUUGCUCGAGUACCUUCAUUCCACAAGGAGCUUGCAGUUCCUUGACGCAGACAACAUGUGCAAAAACUCGCCCUUUUUCCUCGACGAUAUUCUGAGGAAGGUUCUUCAGAAGAACGACACUGCUGCCAGCGACGUCAAGAAAUCGAUCUCGCGUUACCUCCGUUACCAUCCAAUUAACGAGUUUGAACCAUUCUUUGAGAGUACAGGUUUGAAGCCUUUUGAAUACUUGCACCUUCUUCCAAGGGACAUGAUGUUCAUCAACGAUGACACUGUGUUGAUGGAGAAUUACCAUACUCUGUGUAACUAUGGUGUUCCCAGGAACAAAAUGGGGAAGAUCUUCAAGGAUUCACCUCAAGUUUUUCGAUAUGAAAGUGGGGUUCUGGUGUCCAAGUUUCAGAAUUAUGAAGAGCUUGGUGUUGCUUCUUCAACUUUGGUAAAGGUGAUUUCUUUGAACCCUAGGGUUUUGGUUGGGGAUGUUAACCUUUAUCUUGUGAAGGUUUUGAAGAAGUUAAACCAUCUUGUUGGUGAAGAAAAGGGUAGUACUUGGAUUGAGGAGCAGUUGUUGGAUGAGAGUAGCUGUAAUUUUGGGGUUAUGCAUGAGCUCUUGUGCUUGCUUGAGAAGGUUUACAGUGACGAGAAAUUGUUGGGUGAGAUGAUUGGCCAGCACCCUUUUGUUGUUUUUGAGGAUUCUGGAGUUUGGGCAUUGUCCCUCAUUGGGUUCUUGGUGAAAUUAGGGUUGUCCUUGGACCAGAUAGCUAUAAUUUUUGUCGAGUUUCCGCAAAUUGGGGUGUUGAUGUUUCUGUCGAAUUUGCACAAGUGUUUUACGUUCCUGUCUGAUAUCGAUAUGCAUGCUGCAGAGAUUGGGAAGAUUUUCCAGUCUCAUUCCUUGCUGAUGGGUUCAUUCACUAUUAAGAAAAGUAGUAGUUUGCUCAGUAGCUUGAAUGUUGGCAAGAAAAGGCUCUGUAAGUUAGUGCAGGAUAAUCCAGAAGGGAUGCAGAAUUGGGCUGUGGGGAAGAAAAUUCAGCCUUAUCCUGAGGAUAAGGAAACAAGGGCUCUGAAAACAGAGUUCUUGAAAACAAAGUUCUUGUUGAGCCUUGGAUACGAAGAGAACUCGGGGGGAAUAAAACAGGCUUUUAAGCUGUUCAGAGGUAAGGGAGAUGAGCUUCAGGAGAGAUUUGAUUUUAUUGUUAAUGCUGGCUUGGAUGUUAAGGAUGUUCGCGAAAUGAUUAAGGCUUCACCUCAGAUUCUUAAUCAGACCACAGAUAUGAUCAACACGAAAAUUGAGUAUCUUGUGAAUGAAGGAUAUCCUAUAUCAAGUUUAGUCAAUUUCCCAUCUUUUCUCUCCUAUACACUUUGUAGAGUUAAGCUUAGGUUAUCAAUGUAUAAUUGGCUUAGAGACCAUAGAGUUGUUCACCCCAGGCUUGCUUUGAGCACUAUAGUUGCAUGCUCAGAGGAAUUAUUCUUACGGUUGUAUGUAAAUCAGCAUCCAUCUGGCUUUCAAGUUUGGCAAGAUUUGAAGUCUGAAAUUUAUUCUGAGAGAUAAUAACAUGAUAUGAUCCCUUUUUGAAAUCAUGAUCAUUGUUUAAUCUGGAAAUAUGUUUCGGGUUCUGAUAAUUGUGUUCUCCUGCUUUUACAAAACUGUUAAGGAUGCUUGAACUGCAAGUUGUCAUCUGAUUCCAAAUACUUGACUCUAAGUUGACAUGAUCAGUAUACUCAUGAAUAGCUAAUUGGAUAUUUGGUGUGUUGAUAGACACCACCAUAGAUGAUUACUGAUUGCAGAUAUUUCCGACACAACUUGUAGAUGGAAGAAUGUUGGCUAGAUUGGUUUUGUUGUUGAAGCCAUCUUCAUCAUGUGGCUUGUAUAUAAGCUUUCCUCUGAACCCAGCUACACUGUGGGCCAGUCUUCAGUGGUUAAAUUUUCUAACUGAAUAUGUUUCUUGAGAAUGAAGCAGCAAGGGAAUGGAAAUGGUGAGGGUGAGAGAACGUACUGUCUGAAGAAUUGAAGCAAGACCAGCAAGUGUAUUGGGUUGAAGGUAAUUGAUAAUGUUGGCAUGACUAUCUUUCUCACAAGCAAAUUGAAAAAGAUUUAUUGUUUAUCUUAUUUGUUACUUGAUAUAUUUUUGGGCAGGUAUUGUUCCAGGGAUUGCUGAUUGUUUACCCCAAAAAUUGGGUGAAAUAGUUUCAAAAUUUAAGAAACGAAGUCAUUUGACUUAUUGUUGGUAGUUGCUAACAAUUUCUUGUAAUAAGUUCCAAUGGUCUACGGGAACUCCUAGAAGAGUUGGAAGGGCUGUGGUGGCGUAGGAGCAGAUGGUGGCAACUUUUUUGAACUUGAAUGAAGCAUUUGAGUAAUCUUUCCGUUCAACAAACUCACGAUUUUUGGGUUCACCGGCGUUGAGCCAUGUAUCCGCCUAAAUCACUUGAUUGCUAAAAUGCCUACCAACACAAAGUAGAUAGUAGAUGUUUUUUCUUCUCUUGUAAAAUGAUAAUAAAGUUAGUAAUUCAUCAAUCAAGGUUCGAGAUUUUCUAAAAUGAAAAA